AUCUCCUCCUCUUAAACUCAGCAUCCAUCUGACACCAUGUGGUCCCAGGCUGUAGCUCUGCUGCUUGCCUGCUACCUUUGGCCAGCUGAGGCUCAGGGUGACGGCAGGAGACAAAGCCUCUGGGAUGAGCCCAUCAGAUUCAGCACCAAGGCUAAGGACAUGUGCAACAUGAUCGUCACUGGUCACAGGGAAUACACAAAGUUGAGGCUGUCAUGCCAGAGCAACAGGCGCUCCUACUGGUGUGAGUAUGUGGGCAAGCCUCAAACCUGCCGCACUUACAACAAAAACCCUCGGCACUACUUUGUCCAGAUGAUGUGGAACCUGAGAAAGCUCCACAAUGCCUGCCAGGCACCGAGACAGAUCAAACCUCACAUGUGCAGGAAGGCGACCGAUGAAUCUCAGAUGGUCUUCUCAUCUGCUUCAUUCUCCCGGCCAUCACCAGAGGGUCCUUCUAGGACAGGAACGAGACCAGUAAGACCUCAAGCUCCACUUGCACCUACAGGGCCUGAUUCAGCAAGACAAGCUGCCACAAAAACCAUCCGAGUGCCACAAAGAGUAAAGACCACACAGAGAACGGGUCCAGGACCGACGACACCUCCUGUUGAGAGCAAUGCUAAGAGGAUGGCUCGGCAGUACUGCUGGAGGUCACUGGCAGGCAUCUGCUCCUUCUUCAUUGGUUUGUUUAGGAAAUAACCAGGAAGAUUUACAAUUAUGAUGAAGAUAACUUCUGAUGUCUAAUUAAACCAGCCAUUGGAGGGAAAUUCCAGACCAGCAGUACUUCAGUCCAGGGUAGAAGAACUCCAGUGCGCUCUUCAGGGGAAGCAGUGGUACUGCAGUGACUUUCAAAAGCACCUUUCUGACUGAAUCUUACAUGCAUCAUCAUUGACUGAGAUCCAGUCUGGAAGACCUUCACAACCUUUACUAAUGUUUUGCAUGAACAACCUGUACGAAAUGGUACUGCUUUACCAUGUGAUAAGAUAUGUAUUUAUGUUUGUUUACUUGUAUAAUCACUUCAUACUGAAUAUUACAUUGUUUGAAGUGAUCUGAGUUUGUUUUUUUCUUUUUGGACAAAAAAGGAAG